AUGGCAGCCAACGAAUACUACAACUCAAAUAAUCAACACUCAUGGAACCAUGGGAAUGUCCCGAGCUCCCCUCAACCUUAUUCAGAUCCUUAUGGCCCCCAACACAGUCAGUUUCCUUUAAAUUCAGAUCAUGAUAUUUCAAGCGGUGGAGGGAAAUACAAUUCCAACGAUUACGCAGAUGAUAUCCCUCUGAAGCCGAAUGCGUCGCAACCGGGACGACCGGAAUGGAGCGAUGUAGAGACGCAUUAUGCCCCAGGUCAAUACCCACACUCCUCGCACUCGCCAGAAAUAUCUGCCGGUCCAUCUAAAAGAAAACGACGAAGCCGCUUCAAAAAGAUCCCCUGGGUUGUCUACAUCACCUCUGCCAUCCAAGUCGCUGUGUUUAUUGCAGAGCUUGUGAAAAUGGGCCAACUUACCGGAACACCCAUCAUGAUUCGACCACAGUUUAACCCCAUGAUCGGCCCUUCGCCAUAUGUCCAAAUCAAUAUGGGAGCUAGGUUUGUAGCAUGCAUGCGAAACGUGAAAGGUGUUCAAGAUGCUCCAGAGGUGAUGCCCUGGCCUUGUCCUGAUUCCCAAUCCGAUGAUAGGGCAGACCCAAAAAAUCAAUGCACCCUCUCUCAGCUCUGCGGAUUGGGUGGUGUACAGGACCCAAGAGCUGGCGGAUCAAUCGAUGACAAGCCUGAGCCCAACCAGUGGUUUCGAUUCAUCAUUCCAAUAUUUCUCCAUGCCGGCCUUAUCCACAUCGGUGUCAAUCUUUUGGCGCAAAUGAUUAUCGGAGCAGACAUGGAAAGAAACAUCGGUUGGUGGAGAUUCGCUAUUGUGUACUAUGCUAGCGGAAUUUUUGGUUUCGUGUUUGGCGGCAAUUUCGCGGCGCCUGGUAUUGCCUCGACUGGAGCGUCGGGUUCCCUCUUCGGGAUCCUGGCACUCUGCGUGCUCGAACUCUUAUACAAAUGGAAUACCAUCAGCCGACCGGUGACUUAUCUUCUGACAAUGAUCCUUGCCGUCGUUAUUUCCUUCGUUCUAGGCCUCCUGCCAGGCUUGGACAACUUUUCUCAUAUCGGCGGAUUCUUGAUGGGCUUGGUGCUUGGUGUCUGCUUGUUGCGUUCGCCCGAUACGCUACGUGAGCGGAUUGGCGUCUCUACCCCCUACCUUUCUGUGAAUGGUGCUCCUUCUCGAGACGCGAAACAGUUCAUCAGGCAGCCCAUCGGAUUCUUCAAAGGCCGUAAGCCCCUCUGGUGGGGAUGGUGGCUUUUACGUGUCGGCGCUUUAGUUGGCAUAUUGGUUGCCUUCAUCUUGCUCAUCAACAAUUUCUACAAAUAUCGAUCAGAGUGCUCAUGGUGUAAAUAUCUCUCUUGCCUGCCGAUUAAGAAUUGGUGUGAUGUAGGACUGAUCAAGACCACUCCGGAACAAAGCCCAAAUUCUCGCCGUGGUUUACUUGCCGCCACGUCAAUGGGCCAGGCAUGGCUUUAA